GGCUCGGACAGAUCUCCAUGCUGACGGCGAAAUGUGCCCGUGAGGCUGGGAUCACCGACGAGGAGAUUGAGACGCACGGCUAUUCGGUCAUAGCGCUGGAGCAGAUGCCCAAAGUGGUGAAGCUCGCCCGGCGCCUUUUUCGCGACAAUGGCCUCGAUCGAGAUGUCUUCCUCUGCUCGGAGGAUGUCCGAAAGCUGCCGAGUCAACCGCAGCGCGCGCAGCUGGUGGUCUGCGAGCACUUUGACCCCGGGCUGCUGGGUGAGGGCAUCCUGGUGCUCUUGAAUGCGGCCCGCAUCAAGAUGUGCAAUGCCUUCGAGCACCAGGUUAUCCCUAGCAGAGCGACCAUUUGGGCAGCUGCUUUCGAGUUCGGCGAGCAACUGAGGAGCUACGACGGGUUCGACCUGAGUGCUCUGAACCACUACCGGACCGGUCUGAUGACUGACGUGGACACGGCACUGGCUGACGGCAGCGCCCGGCAGCUGUCCAACGUCUUUGAGGUUUUCAAGUUUGACUUCGAGAAGAACCUCAUGCCAGAUGCCCAUUCCAUCACCUUCACGCCCAUCUCAGCAGGAAAGAUCACGGCUAUUGUGUUCUGGUACGAGAUGCACAUGGACAUGGAAGGAGAUGUGAUCCUCACCAACUGGCCGGAAUCGAUUCCGCCUGCAGACUUCUCCAUGCUCGAGAAGGACCUGCACCGGGUGUCGCCGUUGCGACAAGCUGUCUGCAACUUCCAAGGCAGCUACAUCCAGGAGGUGGUCAAGGACGAGCCCAUCGAGAUCGACGUCGGCUACCAGCAGGCCUGGCCGCAAUUCAUCUGGCCAGGCACGGAGAUGGUGCAGAAGGAGAGCGGCGAGAGGAUACCGAAGCCUCCUCCGAUGCCCCGGCAUCGGCUCUACUUCGAGAAGAUGAAGACAGAAACCGAGAAACUGGAGUCUCCGCUCUCAGCUUCCUGGCACCCCGCGGAAUAA